AUGGAAGAUGUCACUUGUUUCUUCUGUGGAAGGAAGAGCCAUUAUGCAUCGUCAUGUCCAAACAAGCCAAUCGAUGCGACCCCUCACGCGAUCCGAGAUCCUCCUAGCCGUCCAGGUAUUGAGCAAGCACCAAAGAAGCAAAACCUAAGAGGUAGGGUUUAUGCCUUAGGCGUAGAAAACCCAGACAAUGCAGGACCGUCAAGCGGUCCCAUCACAGGAACCAUACAUGUUGCUGGUAAACCCACACAUGUAUUGUUCGACUCGGGGGCAACACAUAGUUUUGUGACCCCUGAAGUAACUGCCCGGUUUUGGGAUUGUUUUGUGGUUGACAGGAUAAACGUAGCCGUCUUGACCGCCGCAGACCGAACCCUUCAAGAAGAUCAGUGUAUCAAGAAUGUUCCAUUGGUCAUUCAAGAGGUAAACGACCAGAGAUGGUAUACUAUGGAAUCAGUUCUAGCAUGA